GGAAAUUAUAACUAUAUAGCUCUAGACCGGCUUAGCAUCGAUGCUAGUGGACGCAUUUUCGUCCUUCAUGCACCUACUUGGAGAGUCACUUUCUCGUCUCUCGCAUCCCAAUCGACGACGACAAGCAACCCUGACAGACACAUCGCAUAGCAGCGACGUCAACAUGUAUCAGGAUACAGCAAGCCCGAACCACACUGCCUCACAAAGCUACCUUUCCACCAGAGGCGGCGAUUAUGGCCUUUCCUUCGAGACUGUCGUUCUAAAAGGCCUUGCCGCCGACGGUGGCCUGUUUCUACCCCAUCAAAUACCUCGGGUAGAGAAUUGGCAAGAGUGGAAAGACCUCUCGUACACCGAACUUGCCUUUCGCAUCUUCAGCCUGUUCAUCUCGACCGAUGAAAUUCCAUCCGACGACUUGAAAGCAAUCAUUGAGAGGAGCUACUCUACUUUCCGAGCCGACAAUGUAGCACCCCUGAUCCAUUUACAGGACAACAACUUGUACCUCCUCGAGCUGUUUCACGGCCCCAGCUACUCCUUCAAGGAUUGUGCUCUGCAGUUCCUUGGCAACCUGUUUGAGUAUUUUCUGGUGCGAAGAAAUCAAGGGAAAGAGGGAAAAGACCGACACCACUUGACAGUCGUUGGUGCAACCAGUGGUGAUACUGGCUCCGCAGCCAUCUACGGUCUUAGAGGCAAGAAAGAUGUAUCGGUGUUCAUUUUACACCCGAAGGACCGUGUUAGCCCAAUCCAAGAGGCCCAGAUGACAACAUGCCUUGAUGCCAAUGUGCACAAUAUUGCCGUCACCGGGACAUUCGAUGACUGCCAGGAUAUUGUGAAAGCACUUUUCGGCGACCCGGAGACCAAUGAUGUACUCAAACUUGGUGCUGUGAACUCGAUCAAUUUCUCGAGGAUUCUCGCCCAAAUAGUCUACUAUUUCCAUGCCUAUUUCUCGCUUGCGAUGACCUCCGACUCUUUCAAAGUAGGAGAUCAAGUCCGAUUCGUCACCCCCACCGGCAACUUUGGAAAUAUCCUGGCUGGAUACUUAGCUACUAGGAUGGGACUUCCUGCAGACAAGCUGAUUGUGGCAACAAAUGAGAACGACAUUCUGUACCGAUUCUGGAAGACAGGUCGCUACGAGAAGCAGCCUGCCGCGAAUGGAGCGGUCAAAGAAGGACAUGUACACAGUGACGGCUGCAAAGAGACUCUUAGCCCGGCCAUGGAUAUCUUAGUAUCCAGCAACUUUGAGAGGCUGAUGUGGUUUCUAGCAGAAGAUUUCGCUUCCACUGUCGGGAUGGAUGAGCAAUUUAACAAAAAGCAAGCGGGGCAAGAGGUCACAUCGUGGUAUCAGUCACUAAAGGCGUCUGGUGGAUUUGGACCAGUGCACCCAGACAUCUUGGAAGCCGGGAGGCGAACAUUUGGAAGCGAGCGCGUGAGCGAUGCAGAGACACUCAAGACCAUCCAGUCAUGCUAUAGCCGGACAAAAUACGUACUGGACCCGCACACAGCAGUGGGCGUAGCAGCGGCGACAAGGUCAAUCGCGGAGGCUGAUGUGAAACACAUCUCGCUAUCGACAGCCCAUCCCGCGAAGUUCUCGGGUGCUGUUGAGGCCGCACUGAAAGACGACUCCAACUUCAAUUUCAACGAGCAAGUACUCCCUGCAGAGUUCAAAGAUCUCUUGCAUAAGGAGAAACGGGUGAUAUUCAUGGAGAAUUCAUGGGAAAAGGUAAGAGGGAUUAUAAAGAAGCAAGUAGAUACGGAUCUCUUAUAAAAUAUAUAUAUUAUAAAUAUAACGCAUCUCCUAUAUAACGUGGCCACCUAAUUAACUUAAUUAUAUUUUUAA